GUGAUUUUCGGGUCAGAAGGAGAGUUUUUUGUGGGUUUGUGUUUGAAUGAUCAGUUUUGCCGACAUUUUUUGAAUUGGGUCUUCUAGUUGGGGUUUGUGAUCUUAAUGAUCAGUUGGGUGGUGCCUUUUAUUUAUAUUUUUCAAUUAUACAUUUUCUUGGAUAUUCCACCAAACCAUUGCAGGACAGAUUUUUAGGCCCCCUAGUUGCCAAUGAGAUUAAAGUUUGGCAGAGUCUCCACAUAUUGAGGCAUUACUCUCUCUGCCCUUCUUGUUGAUUGUGUGUGUCAAGUACUCUUUUCCUAGGCUGAUCUCUAUUGAACAUGGUUCAAAACCCAAGACUUGACUUGAUUUCUAGCUAGGUGGGUUGACUUAAAGACUCAACUCGAUGUUUAAUUAUUAUAAAUGAAAGGGUUUUGCUAACAUCCCCACCUUCAUGAGGACAUUGCUGAAGUUCCCAAACCUCUUAAAUGGCACAUGGGGUGACCUAUUAUCAGUCCAAACCAUUCCUUCAUUCAUACCACUAGGAGCAAGCCAUGGUGCAAAAAUCAUGCCCAUCAGGUGAUCCUAGGCUUCUAAUCAAUAGCAUGAAAAUGGACGUCAAGAUUGAUAGGUGAAAAAAAAGGUCUAAUCAUCAUCUUGAAACAUCUAGUAGAUAGAUCCAACUUUCUAUUUCUUAUGAUUCUAAAGUAACACUUUGAUUUGAUGAUUCUAACCAUAUGAUGUAUGGCUUGUAAAUGACAGAUGGUUGUAACAAAUGGCCCCAUUGGAAGGAUUAGGAUCAUCCGAUCGGCAUGAUUCUUGCACCAUUGCUUGCUUCUAGUUGUAUGAAUGAAUGAAUGGUUUAGAUCAACGAUAGGUCACCCUGUGUGCUGUUUACAAGGUUUGGGGUUGUUGCAAACCUCCCCAGCUCCCCAUGAAGGUGGGGAGGCUAGCAAAACCUUAAAUAAAAUUAUAAGGAACAUUUAUAAAUAUUUAAAGCGAUUAUAUAUAAUAUCAUUAAUAUAAAAUAUAACAUGUGCCAGUAGUUGUGGAUGUGCCCUAUUGGUUAGGAGUGUUGCUUAGCUUGAGAGAGGAUAGGUGUUUGAUUCUUCCUCCUUGCUUAUUGAUUUUGUAUAAACCCCACCCUUUAUAAACCAAGUGACUUGGUUUGAGUCAUGACCAGUUGUCGAGUCAACCGAGUUAUUGAGUCGACUUGAGGCCGAGUCACUUCCAAUACUGAGCUUCCAUACAACUAGGCUCAAAAUCUCACUAAGUCAAGUUGACUCUGCUGAGUUCUAGGUCAAGUCAGCAAGGUUUGGAACAAUGCUUUUGAACCAAUGCAUUGUUUAGUCUGACCUUGAUGAGGACAUCCGCAUGCCCGUUCGAGUGUACGCGAGGAGGAGAGCACUGGUGUCUUUAUGGUUGGACGACCCAUACAUGGGGCCCACUAGUGGGCGUAGAUCUUUGUGACAUCUUCCAGAGGAGCAUCGAACUGUUGAUUUUGAUCGACAUCUCAUUCUGUCCAUUGGAUCGCGAUCAGGACCAUCUUCACCGUCGGAUCAUGACUGUGGCCACUUGUGCGCCCGGGUGGAUGAUACGUAGGCUUAUGACUAUCUUAGGAUUUAUUUUUCAGAUUGGUUUAUGUUUUGGACUAUCUAUGAGAGGUAUUAUGUGUUUUUCUUAGAGUAGGGUUAAUUUGUUAAAAGUACAUGAGAUGGGACUAUUUUGUAAUUUUGAAAAAUUUUCUGUGACUAUAUAAAGAGAGGUGCAUGUGACCUCUCUAGUAUGCUUAUGUUCAUUGAAAAAAGAAAAGAAAAUUUCUUGUUUUCUCUCUACUCUUUAUGAGAUGUGAGGAUAUCUUUCAUGUGAUUUGGAAGGAAAAUCGAUGCGAGGCUUAUCUUCAUCAACGAAAGUGCGAGGCUUCCUUCUAUCUCCAUAUUCGCAUCUCUUCAUCAACAAUCAAGGUUUGUCCUGUGUGUGCAGCAAAUUUAGGAAAGGAUAUGAUUGGACAUUUCACAGUGCAGCAUUGGCAUUUGCUAAAGCGAAGGAGGAAAUCUCAAAGAACGGGUGCAGCAGUGGUUGGCAAGGAUCUGCGAGAGCUUAGUUCUUUUCUUGCAGUAGCUUCCACUAAUGGUAGGGGGAAUGUUCCUGAUUCUGCUCCUGAUCCACUUCUCUCACCUUUUCUCUAUCGUUUGGCUACUCCACAUGCCACCACAGUGAACCAAGACGCAAGCUCUGGCGUUAAUGCAAUGGUCGACUCAUUAUCUUCAGAAGUUCAAAGGGAGCCAACUACUCCAAAUGGAGCAAGAGAACAACAGGCUGACGAAGAACGAAAUCAGAGAGCGGUGUUUGUUCAGCACUUGCUCGUGUCCACCAUUUUCUAAAUUCUAAAUUCUAGGCAGUAACGUUAAUUGGUGAGCUCACCUGUGAUUUCAGAGUCAUUAAGUGGUAGAAGAUGUCAGCUCAACCGACAUAUAGGCAUUAUCUACACCCUUUUGCAUUUUGUUGUAUGUAGUUGUAUCUGCUAGUUGCUGCAUUGCUACACAUUGGGGAAGAAACUAGCAUCAAAAUGCAUCUCAUGUAUUGUAUCUAUGUGCUUCCGUACACAUUCUGUAGAAUUACAUUCUGUAACAUGCCAAAACAGACUCUUUGGUCUUCAA